AUGAUAUGCGAAAAGGAGGAGGAGGAGGAGGAGGAGGAGGAGGAGGAGGAGGAGGAGGAGGAGGAGGAGGAGGAGGAGGAGGGAGGGCUCAACGACGGAGGAGGAGGAAGAGGAGGAGGAGGAGGAGAAGGGAAGGAGGAGGAGGAGGAGGAGGAGGAGGAGGAGGAGGAGGAGGAGGAGGAGGAGGAGGAGGAGGAGGAGGAGGAGGAGGAGGAGGAGGAAGGAGCAUGGAAAUCGAAAAAUGCAGAGGGUCAGGGAGAGGGAACUUAG